AUGUCAAAGUCACUAGAGAAUGUCCCGGCCAAGAAUACACCGUAUUUCACUCCAGCGCAGGAGCCGCCCGCCGGCAGUGCUUUGAACCCAGAGACGGCGCCGACAUUGUUCCAGCCUCUCAAGAUUCGGGGUCUUACACUGCACAACCGCUUCGUUGUGUCGCCCAUGUGCCAGUACAGUGCCGAGGAUGGGCACCACACGGAUUGGCACUUUGCUCAUUUGUCACAAUAUGUUAUACGAGGGACCGCAUUGACAAUUGUUGAGGCUUCUGGAGUAACACCUAAUGGCCGCAUCACUCCGGAGGAUGCAGGAAUCUGGAAGGACAGUCACAUCGAGCCUUUCAAGAGGUUCAACACUUUUGCGCACUCCCAGGGUCAAAAAACGGGUAUCCAGCUAUCUCAUGCCGGACGGAAGGCAAGCACUGUUGCCCCAUGGAUUGCGCCGAGACACGGCGGAGGCAGUUUAGUAGCACCGCCUGAGCAGAACGGAUGGCCGGACAAUAUCUGGGCCCCCAGUGCCAUCAAGUUCGCUGAAGAGUUCCCUGACCCGAAGGAAAUGACCAAAGACGACAUCAAAACACUAGUGCUUGCCUUCAAAGACGCUGCCGUGCGAGCUAUUAAGGCUGGGUUUGAUGUCAUCGAAAUCCACGGCGCUCAUGGAUAUUUGAUCAGCGAAUUUUUGUCGCCGCUGUCUAACAAGCGCACUGAUGAGUAUGGAGGAAGCUUUGAGAACCGAACGCGUUUGUUGUUCGAUAUCAUUGAGGCAAUCAGGAGCGUGAUCCCUGAGUCAACGCCCCUCUUCCUGCGUAUCUCUGCCACGGAAUGGAUGGAAUGGAACAACGAGCCUAGCUGGACUCUCGAGGACAGUAUCAGACUUGCAAAGCUCCUUCCUUCCGCUGGCAUCGAUUUGCUAGACGUCAGCUCGGGCGGCAACAAUGCGCAACAGAAGAUCCAGAUUAAUCCUUAUUACCAAGUUAACCUCGCCGGCCAGAUCAGAGAUGAACUUAAGAAGGAAGGGCUCGACCUCUUCAUCGGUGCUGUGGGCAUGAUUACUGAAGCGGAGAUGGCUCGGUCUAUCGUUGAACAGGAGGGUGGUCAAAAAACGCAAGCUGACCUGGUUCUCAUAGCUCGCCAGCAUUUGCGGGAGCCUGAGUUCCCGCUACGCGUGGCUCAUCAGCUGGGCGUUGAGGUCAAAUGGCCGAUCCAAUACCACCGUGCUGAGUGGAAGAAGGGUCAAAAAAUAUGA